AUGACGUCGAUGAGUGAUCUUACGCAGGAUUUGGUAGAAGAGAUAUUGUCCAAGGUUCUGAUAACUUCUCUUGGAGCAGUGAGAUCCACUUGCAAAGGAUGGAACGCUUCAUCCAAAAAUCGGAUUCUAUGUAAAGGAGAAUCAAAGAAUCAGUUUCUAGGAUUCAUGAUGAAGAAGUAUAAGCUUUUUUCAAUGAAGUUCGAUCUCCAUGGAAUCCUCUACGAAGAAGAUAGUGAUGAAGAAUUCGUUAACCCAUCAAUAAAGGAGAUAGGUAAUUUUCUUAAUCAUGCCAAGAUAUCUCAAAUCUAUCACUGCGACGGUUUAUUGUUAUGUGUCACCAUGGAUAACUCAAGGCUUGUGAUUUGGAACCCGUAUCUGGGACAAACCAAGUGGAUCCAUCUCAAAACAAGAAUAAAAUCCACGUAUGCCCUUGGAUAUGACAAGAACAAGAACCACAAGAUAUUGAAAUUUUUCAAUAAUAACCAGGGCUACUACGAAGUUUAUGAUGUUAAGUCUAGUUCAUGGAGCACUUUUACUGUCAUUCCCAAAUGGAAUAUUGAUUGUGAUAAGUUGGGUGAAUCGGUAGAUGGAAAUACUUACUUUUGGACCAGAAAAAGAAUAGUGGUGGAAGGGUCUGAUUUAGAAGAAGACGAUGAUGACCCUUAUUACUUAAUCUGUUUUGAUUUUACAGAAAAAAUAUUUGGACAGUUUCUUCCUCUGCCGUUUCAGUAUCUUAAUACUGAAGAGUCGAGGAUUUUUUCUUGUGUUAAAGAAGAGAAACUAGCAGCGUUAUAUCAACAAUGUCAUACAUCUAUGAUUGAGGUUUGGAUUACUACUAAGAUAGUGCCCGAUGCGGUGUCCUGGACCCUCUUCUUAAAAGUUGACAUUAAGCCACUCGUUGGUCUUGAUUUUCAUUUUUUGGAAAAUAGUUGUUUCUUCAUUGACAUUGAGAAGAAACUCGUCGUGGUUUUUGAUUUAGCUGAAUCUGACAUCUACAAAACGAGUAAUUCUUACAUCAUUGGAGAUAAGGGAUACUUGAAAAAGGUGAUUCAUGGGAAAUUUAAAGCAUUUCAUGCCCCACUUAUGUGCUCUAGCUGUUAUGCUCCAAGUUUAGUGCAAAUUGAUGACCUAAUUGCAAGACGUGAGAGGAACAGGAAGUGGAAGAGCAACAUAAAAGAGUGGAAGAGAAUGAAAAAGAACUAA